UUUUCUAUUUCCUACUCCGGCGAAGCUGCGUUAGUUGAACUGAGCCAUGGCCACGAAAGCUUCCGAUUCCGGUGGAUCUGGGGAAAAUCUCCCGAAUACUUCCUCUCUAUCCGAAACCACGUCCGGAGUCACCGCUUCGCAAUUGACUCAACCGCCGUCUUCGUCUUCCGAAAUCGAUACAAUCUACGUACCUAGCUACUCCCGAUGGUUUUCGUCGACUGGCAUCGACGAAUGCGAGGUCCGGUCACUGCCGGAGUUCUUCAAUUCGAGGUCGUCUUCCAAAAACCCUAAGUUUUACCUUUACUUGAGGAACUCAAUCAUCAAGCAGUAUAGAGAUGACCAUCCUCGGAAGAUUAGCUUCACUGACGUACGGAGAACUCUUGUCAGUGAUGUUGUCUCUAUUCGUCGCGUCUUUGAUUUCCUUGACUCUUGGGGGCUUAUCAACUAUUCUAGCUCCUCCUCCGCUAAGCCACUCAAGUGGGACGACAAGGAAGCUGUAAAAUCCGCAGGAGAUGCUGCUUCUGAGCCUCCCACAACUGUCAAAGAAACAGCCAAGAGAAUCUGUAAUGGCUGCAAAUCAAUUUGCAGUAUAGCUUGUUUCGUCUGUGAUAAGUAUGACUUGACAUUGUGUGCGAGGUGUUAUGUCCGUGGUAACUAUCGCGUUGGUAUUAACUCGUCGGAAUUUAAGCGUGUUGAGAUUAGUGAGGAGUCAAAGUCAAAGUGGUCCGAAAAGGAAAUUCUGCAGCUGCUGGAAGCUGUUAUGCACUAUGGAGAUGACUGGAAGAAGGUUGCACCUUAUGUUACUGGUAGAACCGAGAAGGAUUGUGUUUCGCAGUUUGUCAAGCUUCCGUUUGGAGAACAGUUUGUAAAAGAGUCUGACUCUGAGGAUGCUUCAGAGGCGUUUGAUCAGAUCAAGGGCUCUGCUGAUCUUGAAUCUGGAGGAAGUGAUAAGGACGGUUCUUCUCCCAAUAAGCGGAUGAGAUUGACACCUCUUGCAGAUGCAAGCAACCCAAUCAUGGCUCAGGCUGCUUUUCUUUCAGCCUUGGCUGGCACAAAAGUUGCAGAAGCAGCAGCUCGAGCGGCAGUGACAGCUUUAUCUAAUGAAGACUACGAGGUUGAAAUAAAUGCCAGUGGAGACCCAAAUCGACAAGAGGCCAAUGCUGCAUCGGGUGGUGAAAGCACUAGAAAUGACUCAGAAAGAGCUUGGGCUGAUGCGAAAUAUCUGAUCCAGAAGGAAGAGCAAGAGGUAGAAGGAGCCAUCAAAGAGGUUGUAGAAGUGGAGAUGAAGAAGAUUCGAGAUAGGAUUGUACAUUUCGAGAAACUGGAUUUAGAAAUGGAGAGAAGCCGGAAACAAUUGGAGGAGAUGAAGAAUCUGCUUUUCACUGAUCAAUUAAACAUUUUCUUCCACACAAGAAAGGCCCGGAAAUCUGAAGAUAGAGUAGAGUGUUAGAACUUACUUUAAAUUCGAAACUGUUAUAUUUCUUCUUCGAUUCUUUCCCUGUUAUGAAGAUGACUCUGUAUUGUAGUUUACUUCAGAUGUUUGUGGUAACCAAAUGAGAUGAUAUCGAAUUUCUGGUAUUAAAGGUGUAUGCCUGUAUAGUUUCGAAGUCAAA